AUGGCACCCAUACCCGGACUCCUCUAUGUUACCAUGCAACCUCAAGAAUCUCUUCCUGAUUCUCAAUGGCACGACUGGUACGACAAUGAACAUGGACCUUUGCGAGUGCGUCUUCCCUUCAUCAAAAAUGGUUUUCGCUACCGCGCAAACGACUUGUCUUCUUCAACGCCUGCCUCUCCAUCUCAUCCAGAAUGGAUGGCUAUGUACGAUGUCACAGACAUGGCUGCCAUGAACACGGAGACCUAUCUGCGACUUCGUGGGCCCGAAGUAAAGACCGAUAGAGAAAAAGAAACAAUGGCGCAGAUCAAGGUGGAUAGAAAAUUAUAUGAUUAUAUUAGUGGCAGGGAGAUAGACGGAUAUAAGAAGGUGGAGGAAGUGGGGUAUGAGGAGGGAAAUUACGUGGUUGCUUUCACGGCUGAAAUCGACGAGGAAUUCGAAGAAGAUUAUACUAAGUGGAUGGAAGAGGAGUAUUUGCCAAUGCUUGCAAAGAUUCCAGGCUGGAGACGUACGAGACGCUUUGUUACGAGUAGCAUACUUGAAGGGAAAGAAGGAAAGGAAUAUUUGAGCAUUCAUGAGUUUGCUCCUCAAAACGAUGCAUCAGGAGAAGCAUAUAAAGCUGCCAUAUCAACAGAAUGGUCUAAGAAAAUCAUUUCAAAUGCUUUGAAACCCAAAAAGGCUAGGCACUAUGAUUUAUAUUACACAUUCGGCGCUGCACCUCGAGAUAUCUCCAACUUCUCCAGGUCUUAUUAUACGAGUUGGAAUUCGAUUGAUGGGAAGACUCGUACUGGACCAAACACUAUUGCAGAAGGUGGAGCAAUAGAAUCAUAUAUCACAACGCAAGAUGGAGUCGAACUCGCAUAUCGACUCGAAGGAUCCACCGACCCAACUGCUCCUCUUAUUAUCCUCAGCAAUUCCAUCCUCGUAACAUAUUCAAUCUGGACUCCCUUUGUCCAAGCAUUUCUUGCAUCACCUACUGGUAAAAACUACCGCAUCCUACGCUACAACACUCGUGGCCGCACAUCCAACGCCGGCUCUUUACCCAUCACAAUCGACCUUCUCGCUUCCGACAUAAUCCACAUCCUAGACACUCUCCGCGUUCCUAAAGCCGCCUGUUUGAUCGGUGUCUCACUAGGUGGUGUCACUGUUCUCAAUACUGCUCUCAAAUACCCCGAUCGCGUCAAUGCUUUCAUAUCCUGCGACACGAAUGCCUACGCGCCUCCAUCGAACCCCAAAGCCUGGGACGAGCGCAUCGCCAUGGCAGCCGCUGAAUCUGCCAAAUCGUCCGACGAUGAACAGAUCGUAGGAUCCGAAUUGGCGGAAAUCACAACGCGCAGAUGGUUCGUGGCUGAAAAUUAUGAAAACGAGACACUGAAGAAAAGAUUUGAGGAUGUGAAGAAGCAGGUUGAGCAAAAUAGUUUCGAGGGAUUUCAAAAAGGUGUCAAAGCUCUUUAUCAAUAUGAUAUCAGGGAGGAGAUGAAGAAGCCGGUUGUUGAGAAAGGAUUGUUUGUGGUUGGGAGCGGCGAUGGCGUUUUACCCAAGUCAAUGAAGGAAAUGGCGGCGAAUUAUGGAAAUGGUGUUGAGUGUAAGGUUAUUGAGGGAGCGGGACAUCUACCCAUGGUUGAAAAGCCAGAGGAGUUUUCUGAUGUUGUAGCAAAGUUCUUGGGCUAG